AACAAACCAGCGCUGUCCACCUGUUUGAUUGGGUUUAAUUGGCACAGACAGCAACAGUGGCUAUAUUUGCAUCAUUUUUUGAUAAAGCAGCCAACUGUAUUGGAUUUGACAACAGCUGUAUUGCAAACUACCUGCAUCAAGAUGUUGGCUUUAUUUUUCUGUCUUUAUCUCUUUCUGACACCAGCGGCUUCUGAAGUGGGUCUUGCUGGUAAAGUUCUUCUGUUUCCAAAUGAGACUGCUACCAGCUUUGUUAAACUCACUCCUGAAAAGCCACUGAAUCUUUCAGCAUUUACUCUCUGCAUGCGUGUCACGACGGAGCUCCAGGGUGCGAGAGAGAUCAUUUUGUUUGCCUACCGCACACAGGACUAUGACGAGCUCAAUGUGUGGAGAGAGCAAGACGGCCGUUUGUCUUUCUAUUUAAGUGGCAAUGGUGCACUUUUCUACCUGCCUCCUCUCUCCACCUUCCAGACCCACCUGUGCAUCACCUGGGACUCUGCGACUGGUCUUACUGCCUUUUGGGUGGAUGGACAUCGCAGUGUGUUCCAGUUGUAUAAAAAAGGUCACUCAAUUCGUCCUGGUGGUGCCAUCCUGCUCGGCCAGGACCCUGAUAGCUAUGUGGGUGGCUUUGAUGCAAGUCAAAGCUUUGUAGGAGAAAUUACAGAUGUGCAAAUGUGGGAUCAUGUUUUCUCUGGUACUGAGAUUAAGGCGGUUUGUUCCAACCAGGAACCGUAUGUGCCGAAGGGAAACAUGUUUGACUGGAACACCAUCAAAUAUGAGAUUACUGGAAAUGUGGUGGUGGCUCAAAACAACUGAUUCUGGUUUAGAGAAAUAUCCACCAGUCCUGCAGGGACCGCCCACUCUCAUGAAGCAGUUUAGUCAAUUUAUAUAUUUGUAUUCAUCUGUUAUUUUGCAAUAAACUCAAACUAUGUUGUAGCUUUAAUUUAAUCAACAACUUUAAAUUAAUAGUUCAUUUUUAUAUAUAUCUUUAAAAAUUAUACUAUUAACAAUGCUAUAUUGUAGUUCAUU